GUGACUUUCGCACUAUUUAUGCUGCUUUGCGUAUACAUGACAAACAUGAGAAACUACAAGCAAUAUUUUUGUGGAUGGCAAGAAAUGGCAUUUUUGAUGAUGUGGCGAUAGAUAUUAUGCAUGGUAUUAGUCAAAACAAAUUGGAAGAAAAAAUAGAUGAUGAAGUGGAUGUGAAUUAUAUUUUCUCUAUUCUUGAAGAAUACGGGAGAAGCAUUGUGAGGCGUCAUUUCUGCAUGGAGACUCUAAAAAAAGCAAAUGAGCUUCAACAUAUGAACGAUCGUGAAUUGGGAAUGAUCUGCGACUAUCUCAAGCCCAAGGUGUUCGAGGAGAAUGCCAAGGUUGUUGAAGUGGGAGAGCCACUUAAUGCGAUGCUCUAUAUUAUAGCAGGCUCUAUGCAGGUGUCCCUGCCAAUUGCGGAUGUUGGAGAAGUAGUUCCGUCAACCUCAUUCGAAACUAUUGAGAAAGGUAUGUUUGUUGGAGAACAACUUCUGGAUUGGGCAGCAAAAACCAAAACGUUUGAUGACCAACCUGCUUCGUUCAAAUCUGUCCGAUGUGUUGAAAAAGUAGAAGCCUUUGCUCUCACAGUUGAUGACUUGGAAACUUUAGUGCUCUCCGGAGACAUCUUCCCAAUGAAGUCAAAAGCUGGCAUUCUCAAAAUUGCUGCUGACCCGAAGAUACGUGAGAAACUAGAGGCGAUAUUUUUGUGGAUGGAAAUAAAUGGCAUUUCUGAUGAUGUGGCGAUAGGUAUUAUGCAUGCUUUUAGUGAAAACAAAUUGAAAGAAAACAUACAUGCUGAAGUGGAUGUGAAUUAUAUCUUCUCUGUUCUUGACGAAUGUGGGAGAAGCAUUAUGCGGCGCCAUUUCUGCACGGAGAUGCUGAAAAAAGUAAAGGAGCUUCGAACUAUGAACGAUCAAGCGUUGGGAACGAUCUGCGACUAUCUCAAGCCAAAGAUGUUCGAGGAGAAUGCCCAGGUCGUUGAAGCUGGACAACCACUUAACGCGAUGCUCUAUAUUAUAACAGGCUCUAUGCAGGCAUACCUGCCAAUUAGGGCUGCUGGAGAGGCAUGUCCCUCAACCUCAUUUGAAACUCUUGAGAAAGGUAUGUUUGUGGGAAAACAACUUCUGGAUUGGGCAGCGAAAACCAAAACUUUUUAUGACCAACCUGUUUCGUUCAAAACUGUCCGAUGUGCCGAAAAAGUAGAAGCCUUUGCUCUCACAGUUAAUGACUUGAAAACUUUAGUGGUCUCCAGAGACAUCUUCCAGAGGAGUUCAAAAUCCGAAGUUUAGACAACUCUUAGCCGUUGAAACUUCAUGUAGUUGGCACUUCCUACAACAAGAUUGAUGAGAUACUAAACAAUUUUUAAGAAGAAACUAAGCAUGAAGGUCAGGAGGAGGUUCGUUUGUUUAUUUUUUAUCGUAGAUGAAUAUUUCUAUUUUCUUCAUUUCAUGAAUUAAUGAAUACGUUUAUUUUCA